CGACCCAACUCUUCAAAUCAAAUUCGGGAGUUUCGUUUGAUUCUUGUUCGAUUUUCUUCAUCCUUUCCCUCUUUUUCCAUACUCAAGCUCGUCACAAGCCACCAAGAGGAGCCGCCGGAGGAGAAGGUGUGUUAGUGAAACGGGCGGAAAUGCCAUCUCUACAGACUGCUCUACCUCCUGAGCUUGCUAAUAAUGUCAUUAGGCUUUACCGCGAGUGCCUUCGAAGGGCCAAGUUUGUUGGUCAUCGGCAACAUAACACCGAGCUUAUUGUCGAUAUGGUGAGGCAACAAUUCAAAAAGAACAUGCAUGAGACUGACCCAGAGAAGAUUCAGAAGAUGAAAGAUGAGGCUGCUAGGGGACUUAUAAACCAUAUGCUAUACGAACAUGAGAGAAUGUCAGGUCAAAAAUUGAGCCAAAGUUCUUGAUGUUAUAUCGAAAAUGACAUUGAGUGAAAGUUCACCAUUGGAACUUCAGUCAGACAUUGUAGGAAUAAGAUGGCUAAUGAUGAAAGUACUCCUCGGAGGUUGUUUUUGCGUUUCCUUGUUUAUUUCUACUAUUUGUUCAGAAAUCGUCAAAUUCUACGGUAGUUGGUGAACGUUUUUCCAUCUACAAUCUACAUUUUAUUGCGGAAAGUGGAUGUCCAAGGAAGAUAUGGCAUAUUGCACAUCUCUGAUGUCGGGUUCUCUUUUUUAGUGUCUGUUGGUUUCGUGCACUUUGACUAUUUUCGUGGAAUUUUUUACUACACUCACCUAGUUGUUAAGGUAACUUAGACUAUUAUAUCUUGUAUGGAUGGUUACUAUGGUUUAAACUCGUUGUUUUUUAAGUUUUGUAUGAUUGGUAUUUUUUUUUAUGAGAUUUAUUAUGGUAAUUGUUAAUGGAAAUCCAAGGAGAAGAAUUGUCGCC